AUGUCGCUUCCGUCCGGUGUCAGCAUCACUACUGAGUGCAUCGAUGCUUAUAAAGAGCUUUUAUACAUAAGGGGAGCAGGUAAACCUACCUUCGUUAUCUAUAAGAUAUCCGACGACGAACACUCUAUUAUGGUGGAAGAAAGCUCCCCAGAAAAGAACUACGAAGCAUUCCUACAAAGGCUUACGUCUGCGCAUGAUAACGACGGCAAACCUGCACCUCGGUAUGCCAUUUAUGACGUGGAAUAUGACUUGAAUGAAGACAGCAGGAGAGCGACAAUUGUUUUUAUUAGCUGGAUGCCAGGUGUGACGUCUACUCGUAUCCGUAUGCUGUAUGCUUCUACCAAGGAGCAGCUUCGAAAGGCCCUCGAUGUCAAAGUAUCUAUUCAUGCUGACGACUUACACGAUAUUGAAUGGAAAACCAUACUGAGUGAAGCGAGUGGUGGACGACUCUAA